AUGAGUUGCAAACGCUGGAAGGCCAAGCCGUUCAAAUUACCGCUUAUGCCAAAUUAUCCGCAAGAGCGGAUCACUAAAUCAAGAACGUUUGGACGAAUUGGCCUCGACUACUUGGGGCCUAUUACUGUGAAGAUACAAUUGGAGAGAGCAAAGCGAUGGAUUACCUUGUUCACAUGCUUCACCACCAGAGCGGUACAUUUGGAAAUUGUAGACGAUCUAUCAACGGAAAGCUUUCUAACUGCAUUAAAAAGAUUCGUUGCUCGACGCGGCUAUCCCGAACUCAUUCUUUCGGACAAUUCCAGCCAAUUUCAGACAGUUUUUCAAACCAUAAAAACGUCGAGUACCCAAGAAGCAUUGAAAACAUUUUGGGAGAUAUGGAAGGACGAGUACUUGAAUAGCUUAAAGGAUCGAUACCAAUCAGAACAUAAAUCUCCAAGAAAUGUAGAGAAGAGACAGCCGAUAGAGAGAGAAGUGGUACUGUUAGAUGAGCCUCAUGUACCACGCGGUAUCUGGAAACUAGCAAGAAUAAAGAAAUUAAACGUAGCCAAUGAUGGGUACGUCAGGAGCGCUCAGAUCGAAACACCAUCAGGAAAACUUCUAAAUCGUUCAAUUGAAUUUGUAAAUUUGGAAAUUCUAUUUUUCAAACUUCGAAAUUCGGAUUUGAAUUAUAUUAUCUUCUUACACAAAAAAAAAGGACGAGAUAGCCGAGAAGAACCUGAAGGAUUGUUAGGAAGAUCGGGGAAUAGUGGUGGCCCGAAAAGAGAACAAGGAGUGAUAAGAUCCCGAGGAGAGCAAGGCGAGGCAGGUGAUGGAGGAGAACCGGUUCCAAAAAGAGCAGUAGAAGCGGAUGGAAGAUAA